AUGUCCGAUCGUCAAUCUCCUUCCACUGAUACUACAAGUGCUCCUGGUCCCAAUAGCACCAAGUUCAAUCUCUUUCGAUCGCCAACAAAGUCGACAAUGGAAGCCCUGGACGUGAUGGACCAAAGCCUUGAUGAUCUUGGAGAGACUAUGCCGUAUUGGGCGCAAAACGAGCUGACACCUGUAAUAAGAGACAUGCAACUGCAGGCUACUAAACGUGAUGUGGUCUGCGACAAGAUUAUCCAAGACCCCUUCCGCGGCACGCUGAGCAUUCCUACUCGCAGGUUGGCAGCAUCGUUGAAUUAUGAUGCUACACACUUGUCGCUCAGAGUGAAGGGGAUAUCCAAUCAGAAGCGACACGGAGACAGCAUACCUCCCCCACCUUAUUCAUUGAUCCCAGAGCAACAUACACCACUCUCCGACCGGUCCGAGUCUUCGAAUGUCGGCGAGAAUUUGGCUCGAAUAACUCCGCAAGCCCCGUCCCCGAAGACAAAAAAGAAUCUUCUCAAGGACAAGUUAGACCGGGUGAAAGCCAAAGAGAGGCCCAUUUUACGCCCGCAGGACAUGAGCAUCACACCAUUUCUUCAAUCACUAACCCAAUCGCAAGCAAUUCACCCGGAGCCAAUUCCUUCAAGCUCCCAUACCCCAGACUCGGACUGUCAGGCUGAGCUUCCCAUUCCCGAAACGACGCGAAACCUAGAACCAUCGGCUGAAAUUCCUAUUCUUGUGACGAUUCAAAACCCACAACUUGAACCACUGACACCAGCAACAAUAACGCACUGGCAGAGACCUGUUCGUAGUGCUGUGACCUUGAUGGUUUACAACCCUGAUGAGGAGAUCGAGCGGCAUCAUCACCGCCUUAGCCAGUUCACUCACCACGCCGUUGCCGCAUCAACGGUCGCUGAUUACUCGGAUAGUGAAGAUAGUACAAGUCAGCAUGCUGAACAUGGAUCGAUGCUGGAGUCGGAGGACGUCGCUUCCGACAUCGUGACUUCGCGGAACGGGCAGCAUGCUCCUGGAGUGCAGACUCGUCAACGUGGAAUAAUGCUAGCGAGGAUCCAGCGGCCCUAG